GUUUGUGUUAUGCUUGUAGCAUAGCACAUAUUCAGUUUAAUUAGUGAUGUUUUCUUGGAAAUCUAUUUGAAAAUAAUAAGUCAGUCUGUAGAGAUGCAUGUGAAUUUUUUUUUCUACCCCUUCCAGACACCUGCAUAGUUUGUAACUUCUACAUUAAGCCUAUGUGGUAUUUUUGUCCGAUAUGAAAUCCUACAUCCAGCUCAUGCAGGUUUCAGUGACUGAUCUGUUAGUCCAUAUUUCUCUGAGGUUUCAGGUUAGACUGACUCAGUGGGCAGGACAAGAAGUUGUCACAGGGUUGACUGACAGCACCCAUUAGCAGGGUGUAAUCCACUUGGGGAAUCGAGGUCAGUCUCCUGGACAUGGAGGACUCGGUCAGUAAACGUUACCUGGAGACACACAACUGACACUACUGUGUCUGUCAGCCCUGAGGAAGACAAGGAACUCAGAUACACAUGUCUGGAGACACAGACGACCCUCCAAGAAUCCCGGCCAACCCAGUGAUCAAUGGUAAUGUUGCCAUGGCGGAUGGACACAACAACACAGAGGAGGACAUGGAGGAUGACACCAGUUGGCGGUCAGAGGCAACUUUCCGGUUUGUGGUAGAGCGCUUCAGCCGCCUGAGUGAGUCGGUGCUCAGCCCAUCCUGCUUUGUCCGGAACCUACCAUGGAAGAUAAUGGUGAUGCCGCGCUUCUAUCCUGACAGGCCACACCAGAAGAGUGUGGGCUUCUUCCUGCAGUGUAACGCAGAGUCAGACUCCACGUCAUGGUCGUGCCAUGCACAGGCCAUGCUGAAGAUCAUCAACUACAAAGACGAUGAAAAGUCUUUCAGCCGCAGGAUCAGUCAUCUGUUCUUUCACAAAGAGAAUGAUUGGGGUUUCUCCAACUUCAUGUCCUGGAGUGAUGUUACUGAUCCAGAGAGGGGCUUCAUUGAUGAUGACAAAGUCACAUUUGAAGUCUAUGUCCAGGCAGAUGCCCCACAUGGAGUGGCCUGGGACUCUAAGAAACACACAGGCUAUGUUGGACUAAAGAACCAGGGAGCUACCUGCUACAUGAAUAGCCUGCUACAGACACUCUUCUUCACCAACCAGCUACGACGGGCGGUGUACAUGAUGCCCACAGAGGGAGAUGACUCUUCCAAGAGCGUUCCCCUGGCACUGCAGAGGGUUUUCUACGAGCUGCAACACAGCGACAAACCUGUCGGCACCAAGAAACUCACCAAGUCCUUUGGGUGGGAAACACUAGAUAGCUUCAUGCAACAUGAUGUACAGGAGCUGUGCAGAGUGCUCCUGGACAAUGUGGAGAACAAAAUGAAAGGCACUUGUGUUGAGGGAACCAUCCCCAAGCUCUUCAGAGGAAAGAUGGUGUCAUAUAUCCAGUGUAAGCAUGUUGAUUAUCGAUCGGAGCGGAUAGAGGACUACUAUGACAUCCAGCUUAGCAUAAAAGGAAAGAAGAACAUCUUCGAGUCAUUCAAAGACUAUGUUGCAACCGAACAGUUAGAUGGGGACAACAAAUACGAUGCAGGAGAGCAUGGCCUGCAGGAAGCAGAAAAAGGAGUGAAGUUUCUUACCUUCCCUCCAAUCCUUCAUCUGCAGCUGAUGAGGUUCAUGUAUGACCCACAGACCGACCAAAACAUCAAGAUUAAUGACAGGUUUGAGUUUCCAGAUCAGUUACCUCUGGAUGAAUUCCUUCAGAAGCCAGACUCCAAGGACCCAGCCAACUACAUCCUGCAUGCAGUGCUAGUGCACAGCGGGGACAACCAUGGCGGUCACUACGUCGUCUAUCUUAACCCUAAAGGAGACGGCAAAGUGAGUGUCAAGGAACCAAUAUGGUGUAAGUUUGAUGAUGACGUGGUGUCGCGGUGCACCAAAGAGGAGGCCAUAGAGCACAACUAUGGUGGGCAUGACGAUGACCUCUCAGUACGCCACUGCACCAACGCAUACAUGUUGGUCUACAUCCGUGAGUCCAAGCUCAGCGAGGUGCUUCAGCCGAUGACUGAUGUGGAUAUCCCCCAGCAGCUUGUGGAACGUCUGCAGGAGGAGAAGCGUGUGGAGGCACAGAAGAGGAAGGAGCGCCAGGAGGCUCACCUCUACAUGCAGGUCCAGAUGGUGACAGAGGACCAGUUCUGUGGUCAUCAGGGCAAUGACAUGUAUGAUGAGGAGAAGGUGAAAUACACAGUCUUCAAGGUCCUGAAGAGCUCCACACUGCAAGAGUUUGUCCAGAACCUCUCCCAGACCAUGGGUUUCCCACAGGAUCAGAUGAGGCUGUGGCCCAUGCAGGCCCGUAGCAAUGGAACCAAGCGACCUGCUAUGCUGGACUACGAGGCUGACUGCAACAAGUCGAUGAUUGACUUGAGUGACAAUGAGAACCCCUGGACAAUAUUUCUGGAGACGGUGGAUCCAGAGAUGGCAGCCAGCGGGGCCACGUUACCCAAGUUUGACAAAGACCAUGAUGUCAUGUUGUUCUUGAAGAUGUAUGACCCCAAAACCAGAAGCUUAAAUUAUUGUGGACAUAUCUACACACCUAUAUCCUGCAAAAUAAGAGACCUGCUGCCAGUCAUGUGUGAGAGAGCAGGGUUUCAGCAGGAAACUAGCCUUAUCCUCUAUGAGGAAGUAAAGCCCAAUCUAACAGAGCGGAUACAGGACUAUGAUGUCUCUCUGGACAAGGCCCUGGAUGAGCUCAUGGACGGGGACAUCAUUGUCUUCCAGAAGGACGACCCAGAGAACGACAGCAGUGAGCUGCCUACCGCCAAGGACUAUUUCCGGGACCUCUACCACCGAGUGGAUGUCAUUUUCUGUGACAAGACCAUUCACAACGACCCCGGCUUCGUGGUCACACUCUCUAACCGCAUGAACUAUUUUCAGGUGGCCAAGACGGUAGCACAGAGGUUGAACACAGAUCCCAUGCUGCUGCAGUUCUUCAAGUCACAGGGGUACAGGGACGGUCCAGGGAAUCCUCUCAGACACAACUAUGAGGGAACGCUGCGGGACCUGCUGCAAUUCUUCAAGCCUCGGCAGCCCAAGAAACUGUACUACCAGCAGUUAAAGAUGAAGAUAACAGACUUCGAGAACAGGAGGAGUUUUAAAUCCAUAUGGCUCAACAGCCAGUUCAGAGAGGAGGAGAUCACCCUCUACCCUGACAAGCAUGGCUGUGUGCGGGACCUUUUGGAAGAAUGUAAAAAGUCAGUGGAGCUUUCUGAAAAAGGCUCUGAGAAGCUCAGGCUGUUAGAGAUAGUAAGCUAUAAAAUCAUUGGGGUUCACCAGGAGGACGAGCUGCUAGAAUGUUUAUCUCCGGCUGCCAGUCGCACCUUCAGAAUAGAGGAGAUACCUUUGGACCAGGUGGACUUGGACAAGGACAGUGAAAUGCUAAUCCCUGUCGCUCAUUUCCACAAGGAAGUCUUUGGCACCUUUGGGAUCCCCUUCUUGCUCAAGAUCAGACAGGGUGAAUCAUUUCGGGAGGUGAUGAGGAGGAUCCAGACCAUGCUGGACAUCCAGGAGAAAGAAUUUGAGAAGUUCAAGUUUGCGAUUGUGAUGAUGGGCCGGCAUCAGUACAUCACUGAAGACGAGUACGAGGUCAACUUGAAGGACUUUGAACCACAGCCAGGUAACAUGUCCCACCCGCGCCCCUGGCUAGGGUUGGAUCAUUUCAACAAAGCUCCAAAGAGAGGUCGCUACACCUACCUGGAGAAAGCAAUCAAGAUCCACAACUAAAGCAGCCCGCCCUUCCUCGUUGUCCUCCUCAUCCUCCUCCUCCUCCUGCUCCGCCUUCCUCCCUACCUACUUAACACACCAUAACCACAGACUGUAACCAACCAUGUGUGCGUGUGUGUUUGUGUGUGAAAGACUGUGUGGGUAUGCGUGUGUGUGUGUGUGUGUGUGUGUGUUCAUCACUUUUAACACCCCGCCUGGACACCUCUACAGCUCUACACCGGCACUAUGUCUUCAGCGAUAUGGAUCUUACUGCAGCUGACGGAUUAUUCUUCAACCACAAAAUAAACUGCACCAACCACC